AUGUCGGAAGAGGAACGUGCAGAUGAAGGCAUUAGCGAAGUCAGGCUUAAGAUGGAGGAGGAUGCUCGUAGGAGGAAGGAGAUGGCAGAGGUGGAGUGGCGGGAAUAUGAGGAAAACCGUCGAAUUGAACGGGAGAAGGAAGAGGAAGAGAUCAGGCAACUUCGUGAACGACGUGAACGUCGCAAGAAGGAACGCGCUGAAGAGGAAGCUCGUAUGGCUGAGGCCCGUGCCAUUGAGGAGCAGAAACGCCGUGCUGAGGAGGCAAGUGAUGAUUACCACGAGGAGCGCACGCGCAAGAAGCGCGAGGAGGAGCAGCGCAAGCGUGAGGAGCGCGAGCGCAAACGCGCCGAGUUCGAGGAAAAAUCGAAGCUGGCCACUCGCCGCAACUUCGUGAUCAAUAAGAAGGCGGGGUCCGUUGAGCAAGUUGAGGAAGUAAAACACGAGGAGGUUCAAAAGUCCAAGGAACAGCUGGAGGCUGAGCGCAAGGCGAUUCUGGAACAGCGCAUUCAGCCACUGCAAAUCGACGGGAUGAAGGGUGAGCAGCUGCGCGCGAAGGCCAAGGAGCUCAACGACAUCAUUCUCAGACUGGAGGGUGACAAGUACGAUCUGGAGCAACGUUUCACGCGUCAAAGCUACGACAUGCAAGAACUGGCUGAACGUGCUAGGCAAAUGAACAAGGGAGACAAGCGUGGAACCAAAGUUCAGAACACACCCGAUCCUCUCGCUGCAAAGAUUAGUGGUCUCCCGCCCAAGAUCUCCAUGUAUAGUGAAUACGAGCGUGUGAAAGACCACCGCAGUUUCAAUGAGCGUCAAAACGUUUUCAGUGGUCCACUCUUCACGGAGAGGUAUGAGAGAAUUGAGCCCAAAGUCCACGUCGUCAUGACAGAUGACGGCUUCCAAAUUGGAGACGCUCCCCAAACUCGACCUGCCGCGGCCCCAGAACCGACCGAGGAACCGACUCCCGUCACCGCAGAAUAG